GUGUUUCUGAGACUCCAACGUACAUUGACAAUCCUCUUAUAGUGUGCCUUACCGAAUAUGGAUUAGGUCCGGGUGCAGCACCCGUUUUGCCUACAGGUCACUUUGAAAGGGCUUUGAUUGAAUUGGCGUGGUUGAUCUUGGCCUGCUAUAAUUUAGAAUAUAUAUUCAUUAGACAUUGAAUAUAAAUACGUUUUACAUUGAAGAAAAUAUUGCUUUAUUUUGCAUGCUUUUGUAGUCUACGUUUCUGCAACCUGUUGAGCAUCAGGUAACCUUUGCUUGUCAAGAAGGAUACUUUACACGGAUACAUAAUGUUAGUCUGUUUGAUUCUAAUGAGCUAACAUUAUAAGGUGAGAAAAAUGUUACUUGUGUGUGGUGGAGCAGACCUGUGUAAGGUGCGCUAGCCUCUUCAAGCGCCAACAACAGCAUGUAAGGAUCUCUCCAGGGUGCUGAAGUUGACAGACAACGGCGCUCCUGAGGCUCCUGCCUCUGCCUCACUUUAUGGGAGAGACCAGAAAGAUAAUGAGGUGUUGUGGCUUCAACUGGGCAACGGUAUGACAUUUCACAUGAUUGAAAAUAUAGAGAAUACUGGAAUGGUGAGGUGAGGAUUACUGCAAAAAAACAGGAGUGUUAAAAAAACUAUCCUCAGACUUCACAGCUUUCAAAAAGGCCAAAGAAAGCAAUGAUGUUUUUGGUUUGGUGUAUAAUGCUUUGAUGUAGGAUCAGAUCACAGCUCACCAAUACGGAUACUCCAGCAGGAUAAUGCAACGUAUUCCUCUAAAUGUUGGAGGUGUGCUAUGGGACUUAUCCAACUAUCCCUAUGGCCCCAUCUUCAAGAGCAGACACAGCCUUGCAACUCUGCCAUUCUAUAACUUUCUGCUAUGGGUCCUGCUCGGGGUGUUGACGUUUCCGUGCUGUGUCCAGUGUUUAAUCUUCAAAGUUGGGGUCCUUGGACCCUGGAACUGCGACCCGGUCUACUCCAAGGCCCUACCUGCGCUGGCCGCUAAACUGGCCGUGGGCAGAAUAAACGAGGAUUUCAGUUUAGAUUUGGGCAGCAAAUUGGACUUUGUGAUCCUGCAAGAAGCAUGUGAAACGUCUAAAGCAUUGACAACAUUUGUGUACUACGAGAAGAUGGUGGACGGUUUCGUCGGACCCACGAAUCCAGGAUACUGUGACGCAGCCUCACUUUUGGGCAAAAACUGGGAUAAAGCUAUCUUUUCCUGGGCUUGUAUUAACUAUGAGUUGGAUCGAAUCAAGAGCUACCCAACCUUCGCACGGACACUGCCGUCACCUACACGGGUGUUGUUCACCGUGUUGAAGCAUUUCAGUUGGGCCAACAUCGGCAUCGUGUCUUCCAAUGAGGAUAUCUGGAUAGACACCGCUGGUAAAGUGGCCAACUCCCUGCGGAGCCAGGGACUUCCCGUUGGCAUAGUAGCUUCGGCGGGAAUGAACGAGACGGAGAUGGAAAGCACACUGAGCAGAAUCCAGGCUGCUGGAGAGAUCAAAGUGAUCAUCAUGUGCAUGCACUCUGCUCUGAUUGGUGGGGAGCAGCAGACAGCCUUCCUGCUGAAGGCCCAUGAGAUGGGUCUGACGAAGGGCCGCUACGUUUUUGUCCCCUACGACACCCUCCUCUAUAGCCUGCCCUAUGCCAACACAUCAUACUUCCCCCUGCAAAACAACACCAAGCUGCGGCAGGCCUACGACGCCGUGCUCACCAUCACUGUGUCCUCAGAUCUGAUGUCAUUCAACGAGGCGUUCAACAUGGCCAAGAGGUUUGAGGAACUCACCAUAUCACUGGUCCCACAGCAGGUCAACCCCCUGUUUGGAACCAUCUACAACGGUAUUUACCUCCUUGCCAAAGCCAUGCACAAUGCCAGGAGAGCUGGCCAGUGGCUCUCCGGGACCAACCUAGCUUAUUUCACCAGGAACAUGACGUUUUCUGGCUUCAACCAGAAGAUCCAGAUAGACACUGAAGGAGAGAGCCAGACCAACUAUGUCAUCCUGGACUCCGACGGAUGGGAGGGUCAGCUGUACCGCUCCUAUCUGGUGGACCUGAGCGCUGACAUGGUCCGCUUCGCAGGCAAAUCCAUUCAUUUCCCUGGGGGUUCCCCUCCCCCCUCAGACUCCAGCUGUUGGUUUGAACCAAACAUUAUCUGCACUGGAGGUGUGGAGAUAACCUACGUCAUAGUGGUGGUUGUGAUCAUCUUCAUUCUGAUCGUGGGAGGACUUGGUCUAAGUCUGUUCGUAAGGAGGAGAAUCCAGCAGAUCCAGUUGGUGAAGGGGCCCAAUCGGAUCCUACUGACUCUAGAGGACCUCACGUUCAUCAACCCUCAACUUAGCAAGAGGAAAAUCACUCUAGAGGACCUGAGUGAAUCUAAAAGUGGAAUAGACAACAACGGUAUGCAUUCAGGAGACCUGCACCACUCUGUGAACAGCAUCACUACCGCAACACAUGACACCACAAAUGUAGCAGUCUAUGAGGGCGACUGGGUGUGGCUGAAAAAGUUUGAAGAAGGCCAUUUCAAGGAAGUCAAGCAGAGCACCACCAAGAUCUUUACAAAGAUGAAGGAUCUGCGAAAUGAGAACAUCAAUCCGUUCCUGGGGUUUUUCACAGACUGUGACAUGUUUGCCGUGGUGACGGAGCAUUGUUCCCGUGGCAGCCUGCAGGACCUCCUGAGGAACGAUGACGUCAAGCUGGAAUGGAUGUUCAAGUCUUCUUUGUUGCUGGACUUAAUCAAGGGUAUGAAGUAUCUGCACCAUCGAGAGUUCCCUCACGGUCGGCUGAAGUCACGGAACUGUGUGGUGGACGGUCGCUUCGUCCUCAAGAUCACAGACUACGGCUUUAACGAGCUGCUGGAAUCCCAGAAAUCCCCAAAAAAUCUAGUUCCACCUGAAGAUCAGUUUUGGACAGCUCCAGAGUUCCUCCGAGACGUGGAGAACUCUCGGAAGGGGACCUAUAAAGGAGAUGUGUAUAGUUUUGCCAUUAUACUCCAAGAGGUGGUUGUCCGAGGACUUCCAUAUUGCAUGCUGGGUCUGACUCCUGCGGAGAUCAUCCGUAAGGUGAAGAAGCCUCCUCCCAUGUGCAGGCCCACGGUGGCCCCAGAUCAGGCUCCUCUGGAGUGUAUCCAGCUGAUGAAACAGUGCUGGAGCGAACAGCCUGACCGCAGACCAGCCUUCGAUGAGAUCUUUGACCAGUUCAAGCUGAUCAACAAGGGCAAGAAGACCAACAUCAUUGACUCCAUGUUGCGGAUGCUGGAACAGUACUCAUCUAACCUGGAGGACCUGAUCAGAGAGAGGACAGAGGAGCUGGAAGUGGAGAAACAGAGGACAGAGAAACUGCUGUCUGAGAUGCUGCCUCCUUCUGUGGCAGAGGCUCUGAAGACGGGUGCAACAGUGGAGCCAGAGUACUUUGACCAGGUCACCAUCUACUUCAGUGACAUAGUAGGCUUCACCACCAUCUCCUCCCUCAGUGAUCCCAUCGAGGUGGUGGACCUACUCAAUGACCUGUACACGCUGUUCGACGCUGUGCUCAGCAACCACGACGUAUACAAGGUGGAGACCAUUGGUGACGCCUACAUGGUGGCGUCAGGUCUUCCCAAGAGGAAUGGCAACAAACACGCAGCGGAGAUAGCCAACAUGUCCCUGAACAUCCUGAGCUCUGUGGGCACCUUCCAGAUGCGCCACAUGCCCGGCAUUCCCGUCAGGAUACGAAUAGGGAUACACUCAGGGUCAUGUGUGGCUGGGGUGGUGGGUCUGACCAUGCCUCGGUACUGCCUUUUUGGAGACACAGUCAACACUGCCUCUCGUAUGGAAUCCACUGGGCUGCCUUAUAGAAUUCAUGUGAACAUGAGCACUGUGAAGAUCCUGCGCUCCCUCAACGAGGGCUACAAGAUAGACGUCAGGGGCAUGACAGAGCUGAAGGGUAAAGGCAUUGAAGAGACAUACUGGCUGGUUGGGAAAGAAAACUUCACAAAGCCUUUACCGAACCCUCCAGAGAUUAAACCAGGGGAUGACAAUCAUGGACUGAACCCAGAGGAUAUAGCUGCGUACAAGGGGAAAAAAACGGAGAAAAAAACUUGAUUUGAGGAGGGACAACUGGCAAGAGAUGGUGACAGAUGAGAUCAAGACGAUAUUUCGCAAGGCCAACCGGGAGGUGGACAAGCCUAAAAUAUGAGCAGACGAGACAGACGGAGAGAGACAAACACGGGGAGAAGAGGACACAUCCAAAGAGAGAGAGGGAGGAAGAGAAAGGGAUGAUGAAGAACUGGAGGACAGAGGGCAUGGACCGGCCUGCUCACUGCAGCUUACGUGGCCUCCUUUAAUAGGAUUUCCUGGCUUCUGUCUGUGUAAUCUGUUUGUGGCCAGCACAGCAGAAAGGGAGAGCACUAAUGAAAUGAAGGUUGUUGUAUUACCGUCCUGUGACAGGGAUAGUGCGUGUCUUCUUAAUGAACCAUACACUUAUGUCUCUGGACUCCCAUUGGCCACUAAGUGGCUUUGUGUCAGUGGAGUGGUUUUGUCUAGAUGGGAUACAGUUUAUGUCAAAAUUGACUUUUCGUAGCAGGUGAGGAGAAUUUACGCAGCAGGUUAGGAUAAUUAAUGUAGCAGCUAAGGAGAAUUAAGUUAAGGUUAGGAAAAGGGUUAGGUUUAUGGUUAGCUAAAAUCCAAAACAUAUCAACUUUGGAUGUCAAUUUGACACAAAUUGUAUCCCAUGGCCAGUGGAGUUGAGGCCCCAGUGCUCAACAGGAUGUACUACUGUAUCACUCCACUCCCAUACUGUACUGUAGCUUUUAAUCACAUGCAUAAUAGGAGUUAUGUCAAAUUUUAAAAUAUAUAUUUUAUCACUCUUCUAAACGUUUUGAAAGGAGCACUUCUCUCCACCUGAUGAGAGUUGUGGGGUGAAAUAAGACAUUUUGUUAGUUAUGGCAAAAUAUGAUAUUCAAUUUUUAAGUUAUGGCCGAAAAGCUUUGUAAGGGUGUAAGAUUAGCGUUCCACAGUUGUGAGAGGAAAUCGGAUAUAUAUCUACUGUAUUGUUAAUGGACCACAAGUUUGUUGGCAUCUAGGUAAACAAUUCCCUAUAUUAUUCAUGUUUUUUUGUAUGAAAAAAAAGAGUGCUAUUUGAGGACAAUGAUACAAUGCAAAAACUAAGGACAGACGCUGGAUUUCUAUGUUUUACAUUGACUUUUAGAAAUUCAAAACAUAAUUAGUAUAUGCAUGCUGUGUCCCGUUGUUAUAGAUUGUCUAUGUAAUGUUUGUGUAAAACGUAUUUCCUUUAGGCAGGGCAUUUGGAGCCACGGAGUAUACUGAUUCUCCAUAGACAAGACAAGUAAAGAAUUGUCAUGUCUGAUGUCUAUGCCUUCAUGGACAAGAGUACUAUCUCUUGUUUGGUUGAAGGUAUGACUUGUAUAAAUGAAAAUGAAUGAGCGUCCAUUACAGGCGCUAUGAGCUCAUACUUUAGGGUUACCUAUGCAGCUGAAAACAUGAAUAGAUCAUUACCAAAUAACAUGAGCAAUGAUAUAUGCAGAUGGAUGUUUGAUGAUACAUAUUGGUGAACUUUUAUUGUCUUCUAUUAUUUCAUCUACUUCAUAGACUAUGAGAACAAUGAAUUAAAAUAAUAUACAGUAUGCAACUUUAAUUUUCAAGAUGCACAGUGUUGAAAAAUGUCAUUUGUUACUGAUUACAGUUACAUGACUAAAGUAAUCAAUCAUGUCGUCUGUAAUCGGUAACGUAAAGAUGCAUUCAUUAUGUUAUAAGUCUUGGAUAUUUAUGAGACACAAAGACUCAUGUAAAUAUUAUAUAUUUCAUUAAAUCUGUUUUAUUUA